UGAAGUGAGGGAGUGAAGAGGAAGAGAGCGACCCUUCUUUUUUCUCAUCUCUCCUUUCAUUAUCCCUUCUCCCUGGCUUUCUAUUGUCUGAUCCCUAAGAUUCCAUGAAGCAGAUUUCAAGCAGAAAGAUCAACACAUUCAGCAAGCUGCAGAUAUGAUCAGUUGAUUUCUAGCUUAUUGUUACACUGAUUCAUCCCCGAAAACGAGGUUCAUUUCAAGAUUCUGAGUUAAUUAGAGAAGGAGAAGAGAAACAGACCUAAAAUCUAGGACAAGGAUUUUGAGUUCUUUGGCCUCAAGAUUUUGGUUUGGUUUCUUGUAUGAAUUCUAUGUCCCAAAGCUUCCAUCAAGGAAUCUACAACUUUCCAGGUACACAUGAAAGAGCAAAACAGCAAGGGGAGUGGAUGAUAAGAGAGCAAGGCGGCGGGUUUGAGCCGCUGCCCCAAGCUGAUUUAGAUGGGCAGCCACCGGUGUACGAUACCGGUGGUAUGCUGACCGAGAUUGUCAAUUUGCCGUGGCGAAAAGCUAGCACCGAGGUUUUGGAUGAUCAGAUCCAAUCAAGUUACCGGUGGCCUCAAAAACAACAGCUGUCAGCAGCAGUAGUAAAUGAGGCUGCUGCAGAUGAGCUUCCUUUGAUCAAUCCACAAAUUACAGCUUCUUCUUGCACUACUUCUUACCUUCAGAAGUUAGUUCCCAGCUCAUCGGACUCUAACCUUCAAGGGUUUCACUUGAUUAGUCCUGUCCCAGCAUCCAACAUGGAGCCCCAAUCCCAGUUCACUUGGAUUCCAGGUAGCAGCAGUCGAGACAUGGAAGAUGCAAGAACUGGGAGGGUCUUGGAGGGACAAGGUCUUUCGUUGUCGCUGUCUUCUUUAAGAAACCUGGAAGCUGCCAAAUUCGAGAAAAUAACUGCAGCAAAUGGUGAAUUAUUCUUUCCAGGUCAAGGAAUUGGGGCUUCAUGUAAUAAUCCCUACGGAUCCAAGGAUUUCGCAACAAAUCAGCUACUGUUCAACCCUCCAAGACUAGCAUCAUCAUCAUCAUCAUCAGGUCAUGGUAAUCAGGUCCAUUUUGGGUAUGUUGAAUCUGCAAGAAGCACAAAUUUCCUUAGAAAUUCACGGUACUUGAGGGCCGCUCAAGAACUCCUGGAAGAAUUCUGCUCUGUGGGAAGAGGGCAAUUGAAGAAUCAGAAAAUCAAGAAUCAAGAUAGAAACCCUAAUUCAGUCCCGGAUAGUGGUGGGGUUGCAACUGGACCAUCUUCCUCAAAAGACCAUCACCAUCCCUUGGCUCAUGCCGAAAGAACUGACCACCAGAGGAGAAAAAUUAAGCUACUAGCAAUGCUUGAUGAGGUGGACACGAGAUACUUGAGAUACUGCGAACAAAUGCAGGCAAUGGUGUAUUCGUUCGACUCGAUAGUGGGGCAAGGGGGGGCGGCCGUGUACACAGGACUAGCACGGAAGGCAAUGUCGCGGCACUUCCGGUGCAUGAAGGAUGCAAUAAUAGGUGAGGUGAAGGUGAGCUGCGAGGCUCUGGGGGAGAAAGAUGUGAAUGUAGGGAGUGGAUUGACGAAAGGGGAAACUCCAAGGCUGAAGUUGCUUGAGCAAAAGUAUAGGCAGCAAAAAGCCCUUCAACAUAUGGGAAUGCUGGACCCUGAAUCCUGGAGGCCCCAGCGGGGAUUGCCCGAGCGCGCUGUUAACAUCUUGAGAUCUUGGCUUUUUGAGCAUUUUCUCCAUCCGUAUCCGAGUGAAGCGGACAAACAUUUGCUGUCUCGGCAGACUGGUUUAUCCAAAAACCAGGUCUCCAAUUGGUUCAUAAAUGCUAGGGUUCGCCUCUGGAAGCCCAUGGUGGAACAAAUGUACCAGCAGGAGUUCCAAGAUCAAGACGUACAACACUCACCUGCACAACAACAAGAAGAAGAAGAACCUAAACCUCAAGAAAAUACCAAUGCACCUAAACCAGCAGAAAAGGGCCCAGCUUCAAAGACCACUUCAGAGGUGGGCGGCGCCACCUCCGCCGCGAGCUAUGAGUACCGGCGGUUCAUGGAGAACCCGGAGGUGGGCCUGGGUUCGGAUCAGUUUGGUUUGGUUGGUGUUGGGGCGCAGGGCGGAGGAGGGGAAGUGUCGCUUACUUUGGGACUGAGGAAUUCCGACAACGUGCCCAGCAGAAUUGGACAACUCUCAAUUAGGGACUUCCAAGCUUAUUAAUGCAGAUUCAUAGUAUUGAUUGAUGAAAACAGUAUAAACACAUUGAGUAAUGUAUGUCAGCACGUUAAUUAUUGCUACUAUAAUUGUAAAGUGCGUGUAAUUGGUUGGUACAUACAUAGGAGGACAGAAUAAUAAUUUGUUGUUAAUUAUGGUGAAUGCAAAAAAUGAUUCCCGACUUUAUCA